CAGUCAGGGCUGAAGUAAUGGGCUCAGAUCAUCUGACUGCAGCAGCUUCACAGGGGGAGGAGGACUCCAAACUUUCCUCUCCGCAUCCAACUUCUUCCCCGGGACUGCAGGCUGCCCACUGAGCCCCUCUGCCCUGCCAACCCAUCUGCUAGGGGAGCCCUACAUCCCCUCCCUGGACUCUGCAUCUUCCUGGACUCUUCCUGGACUCUGCAUCUUCCUGGACUCUUCCUGGACUCUGCAUCUGCUCCCUGGUCUCAAGGAAUCUGAGGACUCUGCACAUCUUUCCUGGACUCUACUGACCUUCCUCUGGACCUCUUUCCUGGCACUCAGCAUCUCUUUCCUGGACUCUACAUCCAUUGCCAGGACUCUGCUCAUCUCCUUUGGAGUCUCUACCCCUCGUUUGUACUUUUUGCAUUUCUCUACAUCACCUUCCUGGGACUCUACAUCUCUUUUUUGGAUUUUACAUCCCUUCCUUGGAUUCUGUGGAUCUUCUCUGGAUUCUGAGGUUCCUCUCUGGACUCUGAGGCUCCUCUCUGGAUUCUGAGGCUCCUCUCUGGACUCUGAGGUUCCUCUCUGGACUCUGAGGUUCCUGUUUGGAUUCUGAGGCUCCUCUCUGGACUUUGAGGUUCCUGUUUGGAUUCUGAGGCUCCUCUCUGGACUCUGAGGUUCCUGUUUGGAUUCUGAGGCUCCUCUCUGGACUCUGAGGCUCCUCUCUGGACUCUGAGGUUCCUCUCUGGACUCUGAGGUUCCUCUCUGGACUCUAAGGCUCCUCUCUGGAUUCUGAUGUUCCUCUCUGGACUCUGAGGCUCCUCUCUGGAUUCUGAGGUUCUCUCUGGACUCUGAGGCCCCUCUCUGGAUUCUCAGGUUCCUCUGUGGACUCCACAUCCCUCCCCAGGACACUACUGGUCUUUCCUGGGCUCUGCACUUCUCUGGACCUCCUUCCUGACACUCAUCAUCUCUUCCCUGGUCUCCUCUGGAGUCUCGACCACUUGCUCGGACUUCUCUACACCUCCUUUGGAUUUUGCACCCCUUAAUUGGACUCUAGUGAUUCUUCUUAGAACUCGGCACCUCUCCUUUGGAUUCUGUUGUCUCACCUGAAGACUCUGCUGAACUUGUCUUGGUCUCUGUCCUACCAGCUGGUCUGGUCUCCUCCAAGGUGAUGGAUCCCGGAUCGGGAAGAACAUUGUUCUGACGAUGGACCCGAUCAGAUGCCCUUCCUGCUGACGUCCUCCAUGCUUAUGUUGGAUAUUGAACUUCUUAGGGUUGUAUUGAAGAAGCACCUGGCAGGAUCUACCUGUACCCGGAGGCUCCGUCUCUGGGGUAUGAGCCACUGACAUGGAGACGUCGGGCCCGGUGAGCGCCGCGCACAAGAAGGAGAGCAAAGCGUCAGUUCUGGAUGGGAACCCCUUCUCGGAGGUCGGGAAGAAAGCGGCCGCGCACCCCACUUCAUCAGGAGGUCCAGCUCAUCUCUUCCCCGCGUUCCACUCUCCUUUCCCGAUUGACAUCCGGCACCAAGAGGGCCGAUAUCACUACGAGGGCCACGGAAUCCACGCCAUUCACGGCCCGCCAGGCCUGAGCGGAAGUCCCGUCAUCUCCGACAUCUCCCUGAUCCGCCUGUCGCCGCACGCGGUCAGCGCCGCCGAAUUUGGACACGCCCACCACUAUGUGAACCCCCACAUGGAGCAUUACCUGCGAUCUGUCCACGGGAGCCCCACCCUCUCCAUGAUCUCUGCCGCCAGGGGGCUGAGCCCCGCCGAAGUUGCCCACGAGCACUUGAAAGAAAGAGGCCUCUUCGGUAUCGCACCUCCUCCACCCGGUGUCAACCCCGCCGAUUAUUAUCACCAGAUGACCCUCCUAGCCAGUCACCCCAGUCCCUAUGGAGAGCUGCUGCUGCAAGGUGGAGCCGUGGGCGCCGGAGGCCACCUUCACGAUUACCUGACACCUAUGGACGUGUCGCGGUUCUCCAGCCCCCGGCUCACGCCAAGAUUAAACCGCAAGCGGGCGCUAUCCAUCUCGCCCUUGUCGGACGCCAGCAUCGACCUGCAGACCAUGAUCCGCACCUCGCCCAACUCCCUGGUGGCGUACAUCAACAAUUCCAGAAGCAGCUCCGCCGCUAGCGGGUCCUAUGGGCACUUAUCUGCUGGGGCCAUCAGCCCAGCGUUUACCUUCCCCCACCCCAUCAACCCCAUGGCCUACCAGCACCUGCUCAGCCAGCAGCGGAGUCUCAGCUCCACCUUCGGACACGCCCCGCUCAUCCACCCGUCGCCCACGUUUGCAACGCGUCAGCCCGGGUCCCAUUCCACCGCCAGCCCGGCUCCGGCGCCAGCCAACAAUGGCGGCUCAGCAAACUGCGCCAACCAGAAGCAGUCCAGCGAGUCGGCAGUGACCAGCACAGUCAAUCCAAUCAUCCACAAGCGCACCAAAGUGAAGACGGAGGAGGAGCUACAGAUCAGAGACUCUCCCAGCCCCCCGGACCAUCUGACGGAUCUGAAAGAGGACCUGGACAGAGAGGAGUGUAAGCAGGAAGCGGAGGUCAUCUACGAGACAAACUGCCAUUGGGACAGCUGCAGCAAGGAGUACGACACCCAGGAGCAGCUCGUCCAUCACAUCAAUAACGAGCACAUCCACGGGGAGAAGAAGGAGUUUGUGUGUCGCUGGGAGGACUGCACCCGGGAACAGAAACCGUUUAAGGCGCAGUACAUGCUGGUGGUUCACAUGAGGCGCCACACUGGGGAAAAGCCGCAUAGAUGCACGUUUGAAGGCUGCUACAAGGCUUAUUCCAGGCUGGAGAAUCUCAAGACCCAUUUGCGCUCCCACACCGGCGAGAAACCUUACGUGUGCGAACACGAGGGCUGCAACAAGGCCUUCUCCAACGCCUCCGACCGCGCCAAGCACCAGAACAGGACCCACUCCAACGAGAAACCGUAUAUUUGUAAGAUCCCGGGAUGCACGAAGCGAUACACGGACCCCAGUUCCCUGAGGAAGCAUGUGAAGACGGUCCACGGGCCCGAUGCCCACAUUACAAAGAAACAACGCAACGACGUCCCCACAAAACCGAGAGAGAACGGGGACAGUGAAGGCGGUAAUAGGCUGGCCACAGAACACACAGAGAGCAACAACGCCCCUAGAGGACAGCGGGACACCUUCCAUACCAGGACAAUCAAGACCGAGGACGGCAUGAUGCAGCCCAGCCCUGGUGGUCAGUCGUCAUGCAGUAGUGAACCAUCUCCACUUGGCAACGCCAACAACACUGACAGCGGAGUAGAGUUGUGCCUGCACGGAGAGGGAGGCCUGGGAGACCUCUUUGGCUUGGAGGACACCGGCCCGGUGGUGGAUUCAACAGUCACGUCCGGUACAUCGAUGGUCGGCUUGCAGAUUAGGAGACAAGGCGGCGGCACAACGGUGCAGAGACUGGAACAGCUCAAGAAAGAGAAACUGAAGACGUUGAAGGAAUCGUGUUCAUUCAUGAACCCAGCUCCACCUGCCAGGAACACCAAAUUUCCGGCCAUAUCUGGAAAUGGCUCUUUUAUUGAAAACACUGGUGUCCCAAGCGGUGUGAUGACCAACCCAAGAAUCUCAGACUUGACCUUUAAUGAUAUCACCAUACUGAACCAGCUCAACGAGAGGCGUGAUAGCACGACAAGCACCAUGAGCUCCGCGUACACCAGCCGCCGCUCCUCAGGGAUCUCCCCGUGCUUCUCCAGCCGCCGGUCCAGCGAGGCAUCCCCGUUUAGGGGCCGACAACACAACGGCAGCUCUGCGGACUCCUACGAUCCCAUAUCUACGGAUGCAUCCAGAAGGUCCAGCGAUGCCAGCCAACACAACGGCUUGCCGACCCUUUUAAACCUCACGCCCGCUCAGCAAUAUCGUUUGAAGGCCAAAUAUGCCGCGGCAACCGGUGGCGCUCCGCCGACGCCUCUCCCCAACAUGGAGAGAAUGAGCUUGAGGAACAAGAUGUCGCUUAUGGACGGUCAAGAACUUUCUUUGCCUUCCUUCAGACAACACCCAGGCCCGAGACGGUGCAGCGACGGUACCGGUAACGGUCCGAUGCCGAUGUAUCCGCAUGAGGGUUAUGGAAACAACACGAGACGGGCCAGUGACCCAGUGAGGACCACUGCGGGGUUAGACUUUCAGCAUCUGCCAAGGGUUCAACGUUUUCACAGCAUGAACAGUAUGAACGGGCUGCAUCCUCCGCCAAUGAUGGACAGAAGAAAUGCCGCCGUUCCGCAGUAUACGCGUUCGGAUGGAAGCCUGCACAGACACGUCUAUUCACCGCGGCCUCCCAGCAUCACUGAGAACGUCAUCAUGGAGGCCAUCUCAGCAGACAUGGACAUUCCAGGAGGGGAGGAUGACCUGGUGCUGCCGGAUGAUGUCGUACAGUACAUUAAAUCCCAAAACGGCAACCCUCCUUCUGAUUUUAAUGGCCAACCUUCAAAUUUCCAAAACGGUAUAAAGAAUUACAACCAGGCACCGUGUAGGAUGUCGGGAGCAAACCCGAGUACAAACUAUCCAAUGGUCGGGGAUACUCAGGGCUCUUCCAACAUGCCGAAAAAUAGUAUGCCCGUUCAAUGGAAUGAAGUCAGCUCAGGUACUGUAGACGUUGCCACCCAUAUGCCAAAACAGCCAGUCACGCAGGGGAACCUGGCAAUAGUACCGCAGAAACAGAACUUAUGUCAGUACCAGAACUUCAACCAGCAGCCGUUCCAAGCGCGGCAAAGUAACUUGACUCUGCCACAACAAGAACCGGUGCCAAGGAAUGGCGGUGUCAACGGUCAAAGAUUUAACUAUACGCAGCAAAGGCAACAACAGCUAAACUCAUGCCAAAACGCAAACUCCGAUUUCAACCAACCACUGAUUUAUAACCAGCACAUGCUGAACGCAAGGACGGGUAACGAAGGUCAGUACCAGCUGCCACCAUCCUGUAGUAACACGCUGGAGAAACCUGGGCCUCAUAUGCACUCUCCACAGAGCACAAACUCCAUGAGUAACCAACACAUGGCACAAAACGGCACCCGCGAGAUGCUGCUGCAUGGAGCAAACACUCAAAACUAUUCGAAUAACUACCAGGAGAACCUUCACCGAACAAAUUCCUACACCAACCAGCCCCAACAGAAUAUGUUCUCCUCUCAACACGGCAACAUGGGCGUGCCAACACAACCGCUAGGCAAUGCCAUGCUUCAGCCGAGGCCUCCCCCUCACCCUCCUAACAGGCCAAGGAGCAUACACUCAGGGCAUCAGCCAAGUUACAUCAUGAGGAGCCCACAGUCAGGAGGUGAGCAGAACCCGUGCCAACAAACAGCAGAGGCCACCCCAAAAAGAACCAACGAGGAAUCGGAACCUACUGCUUAUAUGAAUGGCAAGGACGAUGGGUUACUGUAUUACUCUGGGCAAAUACAAAUGAUUGAGCAGGGUGGCGAUUUCAGCACAGGACUGGAUGCCCCAAUGAGGCAGGUCUCCACGAUGCCAUCUCCGGGUGUCAACCAAGUAACCAGCACUGUAGACAUACAAGGCCUAGAGCCUCCACCUUCCAUAGACUUUGACGCCAUCAUGGACGACGGGGAUCACGCCAGCCUUUUGUCGGGAACUCUGAGUCCCGGACUCCUCCAGGGCCUCUCUCAAAACUCAUCUCGCCUCACGACUCCUAGAACAUCAUUGACCUUCCCCUCCAUCCCUGUUGGGAUGAGCAAUAUGGCAAUCGGAGAUAUGAGCUCCAUGCUGACCACAUUGGCCGAAGAGAGCAAAUUUCUCAACCUCAUGUCAUAACUCGAAUCACAAGUUGUGAAAAAAGGGGCGGUUCAUAGCGAAUUCUGUGGAUCCGCCUAGCGAUAGAGGAAACAUGGCAAUAGGGUACUCAAAGAGUAAGCAUGGGCCGGACUUCAUGGUAAUAGGGUACUCAAAGAGUAAGCAUGGGCCGGACUUCAUGGUAAUAGGGUACUCAAAGAGUAAGCAUGGGCCGGACUUCAUGGUAAUAGGGUACUCAAAGAGUAAGCAUGGGCCGGACUUCAGAGGCAUAGAAAACAAUGAGGAAAAUAGAAAAAAAUAACAAUAUUUAUUGAAAAAAGUACAUAGUAUUGUCACAGGUGUUCAAAAAUUUGAUAAAAAUCUGGUAAAAUUAUACAAUUUGGUACAGUGAGCCCUGGUGCCUCAACACGUUUCACUGUUAGGCUUCUUCAGGACACGAUCAAGGUUACCCAUAAGAGGCAUAGAAAACAAUGAGGAAAUAGAAAAAAAUAUAACAAUAUUUAUUGAAAAAAGUGCAUAGUAUAGUCAAAGGUGUUCAACAAUUUGAUAAAAAUCAUGUAAAAUUAAACAAUUUGGUACAGUGAGGCCUGGUGCGUCAACACGUUUCACUGUUAGGCUUCUUCAGGACAUGGGCCGGACUUUAGAGGCAUAGAAAACAAUGGGGAAAUGGAAAAAAAUAUAACAAUAUUUAUUGAAAAAAGUACAUAGUAUAGUCAAAGGUGUUCAACACAAUUUGAUAAAAAAAUCAUGUCAAAUUAUUAAAUUUGGUACAGUGAGCCCUUGUGCAUGAACAGGUUUCACCGUUAGGCUUCUUCAGGACGCGAUCAAGGUUACCCGUGGGCCAGACUUAAGAGGCAUAGAAAACAAUGAGGAAAUAGAAAAAGUCUAACAAUAUUUAUUGAAAAAAGUACAUAGUAUAGUCAAAGGUGUUCAAAAAUUUGAUAAAAAUCAUGUAAAAUUAUACAAUUUGGUACAGCAAGCCCUUGUUCGUCAACAUGUUUCACCAUUAGGCUUCUUUAGGACAAGAUCAAGGUUACCCAUAAGAGCCAUAGAAAAUAAUGAGGAAAUAGAAAAAGUCUAACAAUAUUUAUUGAAAAAAGUACAUAGUAUAGUCAAAGGUGUUCAACAAUUUGAUAAAAAUCAUGUAAAAUUAUACAAUUUGGUACAGUGAGGCCUGGUACGUCAACACGUUUCACCAUUAGGCUUCUUCAGGACACAGUCAAGGUUACCCAUAAGAGGCAUAAUAAACAAUGAGGAAAUAGAAAGUCUAACAAUAUUUAUUGAAAAAAGUACAUAGUAUAGUCAAAGGUGUUCAACAAUUUGAUAAAAAAUCAUGUAAAAUUAUACAAUUUGGUACAGUGAGCCCUUGCGCCUCAACACGUUUCACCCUUAGGCUUCUUUGGGACACGAUCAAGGUUCAAAGAGGUAGCAAAAAAAAGAGAGAACGAGUCUCACUGUCUGGGUCUCGUUUUGCAAAGGUCCAGUGGCCGGAGAAUUUUCACCAGCGGUAUCCGAUGUGUGAAACAGUUCCAAAGGACCGCCAAAAAGAUGGUCGGCGAGCAGCUAAUUUCGCACCGAAAUUAGAAUGUUGCUGAGCAGGGGCAUAUAAACGCAUCAUCUGUUUUAUUGCAAUAUUUGACUAUAUUGUUAUGAUUUUCUGGUACAAUAUUUUUUAUUAAAAUAUAUUAAACAAAUCGACAAAUUCCCACGCAGGGGAUACGAAAGCAAAAGUAUACAUAAAGCACAUAGUGGAAAACAUACUAUUAAAGGAACUAAUCGAUUUUCUGAAAAUUUUCAAUAAAAAUAUUGAACUAUAAACGUAUCAUAUAGCUAGCAUCAACCUUUUGAACCUUGAUCGUGUCCUGAAGAAGCCUAAAGGGGGCGAAACGCGUUGACGCCGCACAAGGGCUCACUGUACCAAAUUGUAUAAUUUUACAUGAUUUUUAUAAAAUUGUUGAACACCUUUGACUAUACUAUGUACUUUUUUUCAAUAUUGUUAUAUUUUUUUUCUAUUUACUCUAAAGUACAGCGCGUGGUUACUUUUUGAGUACCCUUUUCCAUGUUUCCUCCUAAAUGUUGCGGAUGUGGCAAUGUGAGUGCUUCCUUUUUUUUUUUUUUACCUAGCGAUAGACUCACCGUUUUUUUUUUUAUAUACUGAGGACAAUUUGCACUGCGGGACCACGUAACUUGCCAUGCAAGUAGAAGGGACGGUAGCCGCGGUUUCAAGCCUCUGAACUCCAAGAAAGAGAAAAAAAAAUAAACACGGCACUACAAAAAAAAUGUAAUAAACUACAAAUAUGGAAACAAUCUUCCAGAUGUUCUCAUUAAAUCAUUAAUUUAUAGAUCGCAUCUUUCUAGGUCGGCGUCUGCUUCCUCCGGAGUCCACAUCCCUUUUUUUUUACGUAAUUCCCAGAGGAUGUGGGUUUUAAAUCCCGAAAUAUAAACUUUUUUUUUUUGUUUUCACAACUUUUAGUGAACUUUUACCGCGCAGAAUAUUGCUCAGGCAUAUUUUUUAUUUCAUUUCACUGCUGUAUCAAGCAAUAAGGAGGAUAAAUAACGCCUAAGAAACCUUGGACAUUGGGGGAAAUCUGCUGUUCCUGGGGGGGCACUGACUUAUUUUUUAUUAUUUUUUUUAUGUUGUUGUUCUGAAAAUUUGCCAUGAAAGCCUCAGCUUUUGUUUACAUCCUGUCUGUAAAUAGUUUUAUUCAGAAUCAAAAUAUGAUAUGUUUUUAUACUCUGUGCCAACAUGUUAUUUGAAAGCCAUAUUGUGUGGAGAGCAGGAGCCGGGGGACCUGGAUUUUUUUCGGGUUCGCCGUCUUGUUCAGAGUAGGGUGACCACAUUUCCAAACUGCCAUUCGGGGACACCCCCCCCCC